GUCUUCGGCAAAUUGCUGCGCCGCGAGCAGCCCGUGCGCGUGCUCCACGAGGACGAGACCUACUUCGCGUUCCGCAACAUCAAGCCCUACGCGCCGCUCGCGGGCCUCGUCAUCCCGAAGCGGCGCCUCCUCCAGGACCCGGACGCGCUGGGACCCGAGGAUUUGCCGGUCGUCGAGGACCUCAAGCGCAUCGCGCUCGACAUCUGCGCGCGCGAGAAGCCCGACGCGUUCAAGGCCAACGACUACUGGCUCCGCUUCCAUCGCCGGCCGUUUAACAGCGUGGACCACCUCCACCUCCACGUCCUCGCGCCCGUCAGCCAGGUGUCGGUCUGGACGACGCUCGUCUUC